UAGCAAUAAGCUAUAAUGGUUCUUUUCAUCGGUAUGUGUUUACCAAGGAAGGUAACUGUAAUCGAGAGUCUUAUGAUUUAUUUUUAGAACUUGGAGAAGAUAGAGACUUGUAGUUUUCUAAUAUUGUUUGCCUAUUUUACUGAUGAGUAGAUUAAAGAAAAUAAAAAAGAAACUUCAUCGCUAUAUUUCUAGUGGCCGUAUUAAGGCGAUAAACAAGCUUUUCAGAGAUAACUGUGAUGUCGCAGAACAUCUUCGAUCAGAAAUUAAUUUUCCAUACAAAAAAAAUAAGUGGUAUUUACAUAAAUAUUGCGCUAAAGGUGAAUCUUCCAUGGUUCGUGUUUUAUAUAAUGCUGGUGCUGAUUUGAGUAUUUGCAAUAAAGAUGGCAGCAACUCUUUGCACAUUGCAUUGAACUAUGCCAUUGACAAUUUUGAUCAAGAUUUUUUCUAUGACAUUGUAACUGAGUUGUUUAACAAUGCAAGUGAAGAAUUACGUACAAAGAAGAAUAGAUACGGCGAAACAGCUAAUGAGUUGUUUGAUGAGAUUGUUGAUUUGCUUAUCAGUAAACAAAGUCGUACUUUAAUAGAAUCUGAUGACGAAGAUGUUGAAGAUUGUGACUGGAAUGGAAAAUUGUUCUUUGAAUUAGGUGAAGAGAAUUUUGUAAAUGAAGCAUACACUGACCUGGAAUAUGCAGAUACUUAUCAAAAGGAGAAAGCAGAAAGUUUUUCAGAAUGGGGUGAUCGCAUAAGAAAGGAGUACAACAUAAAAAAUAAAAAUGAAAAAGUAAAAACUUUACCGAGUGUAAAAAGAAAGAAAGUUGAAUCGUCUAACCUUACUUUUGUAUUGAAAAAGAAAUUAAAUAUAUUUAAUCUACGCGAAACAUACGAAGAAAAAUGUAAUCGUAUAUUCGGAAAAGAAGACAACAGUGAACUUGAUUUUAAAAAAGUUCCAUGGCCUAUCAGAAAUUCAGAAUUGGUAUAUCAAAAUUUUAAUUCACACGCAGACGAAAUGAUAGAAAAUUUAACAUACGGUUUCACAUCCGAAGAUAAAAUUAAGUAUUUAAAAAAGCAACAAAUUCGAUGGCAUCCUGACAGAUUCUUACAAAAGUGUGGCCAUAGACUUAAUGUCACUGAUAAAGACAAUAUACUUAAAUGCGUUCAACACUUGUCUCAAAAAAUUAAUGCAGUUGUCAAUUGUUCGAAGCAUUAAAGAAAAUUGUAAAUAAAUGUUCAUAUUUUUUUUGUUUUGA